GGUGCACCUGCCCGCAAUGUGCCAGUAGACACAUAUGGAUGUGUCAACUGGCAACCCGAAGAAAUGCCGGACGAUGAAAAUGAAGAAAGUUUAGAGGCAAAACGCAGUGCACUGGAAGAGCUGUUCAAUCAGCAUGGCCCAGCCCCAAGUGGAACUUCAGAAAAGAAGAUAGAUGACACCAUGUCCCUAACGUACUUUCUUCUACGGCAGCACAUCAACAACAAAGAUCCAGUUCCAUCCAUCAGUGAACUGAAGCAAAAGUGGCCAUUCCUCUUUGUGCCAAGAUGCUUUUUCGCUCAUUUUAAAUGUCUUACUGGCAUUGAAAUAGUGACGCGCUUGUACGAGGCCUUCCAGAGCAAAGGGAAAAGGAUCCAGGGCUACAUGGAACACCAAAACGAGCAAGUUCGAAAGCAGGUCAAGAACGUCUUGGCCGAUAUACAGUCAGCGCUUCCUGAGGUGGAUGAUGAACACCAGGUACUCUAUCCUGGAGUCAUUCUGUUGAUGAUGGCCUACUUCGAAGAGCCCGAAGAUUCCCUGUUCAUGUUAGCUGACGUGACAGCCACAGCUGCGGAAAUCGAAGCUCUGCCAGACCUGCCUAACACACCAAGGUUGAUAAUGAAAGGGAAUUCCAUUUUGACAGCCCUCAAAUGGAUGCUAUGCAUUGAGGGAAAAGUUGUGUGCGCUUCGAGUUCAACGGACUUUAUGACGGGCCUGGCCUUCUUGUUUGGUUCAUACUACAUACUAAACUUGGAGUACCAGGCGGAAGCUGCCACGACACUGGAGUUCAUACAGAGAUGCUUCAUGCGAAUCAACCCGGAGUCUGGCUCAAAAUGUACAGCAAAGGGUAAAAGCAAACGCACAGGCCAAGAAGUCCAACGAAAGCGUGAACUUAUAAAUUGUCGUGUGGCAACCUUUGUGCGGAAACUGGCCGACCAUGAGUGGACAUGUUGAAAAUCCAAUACCGGUAGCUCUAAUAGUAAUAGCGUGUAAAGGGAACAUACUCACAAGGUCAAAUCCGGACUUUUCCAUUUCAUCAGGCAAAGCUGCGUGAAAUGGAAAAGUCCUUUGUUGUAUAUAACUAAUCAAAAAUUAUAGUGACCUUAAAAAUAUUUCGUCUUGGAGCCAAGACGAAAUAUAUCAGGUCACUACAAUUUUUUGACUGGUAUAUUUCAGGUCAAUUUUCAGUCAGUGAGCAGUUUGCAGAACUUUUAUUAUUCUUAUACGCCGUUGUCUUGUCAUUUGAUUUAUUUUUCCAAUGCCAAAAUGGUGAAAAAUAGUUUUCUUCCUAAAAAAAAAACAAGGUUCAAACAUACAUGUCGAAGGUCAGUUUGCACAAACGAUAUCUCAUGUUGAAAUACAAUUGAUUUGGAAGUUCCAAAAAUGCAAGGUUUGAAAAAGGAUAUAAUUAGAAAAUUGCAAGUGAUAAAAUUAUUGUUGGCGGCAACCUUAGAUAUUUGCGCUGUUGUCCACUGUUCUUGAAAUACAACAUGAUUUUAAAAAGUUCAUUAAAUUAAAAAAGUCUCAUGGUAUUUCAUCAUUUCUGAUUUAUUUUUCAACUGUACAGCUGUAAGUACUAAAGUUUUUUUUAAAACAUUUUUAAUAACUAUACCUCAAACAAUAAUGUGUUUUUCUAAUUCAAAACGGGUUUGGUGACUGCGCUGUUUAAUUUUGUUUCGGACUAUAUUAUAAAACCCACAAAAAUAUAUUUAAAGUUCUGCCACGGAUCACAAAAAAGGUG